AUGCCGGAGGCCAGCUCCGGCAGCCAGGGAGUAUAUAUCCCGAUCGGAGAGGGACGCAUGUCGGCGAAUAACAUAUUAGGGGCGAGAGGAAUUAUCUGGGAGAGAAGUAGAGAUGGACUUUCCCUGUGUCCUUCCAAAGGCACACAGCCCACGGUUACUCUGAGCAUCGCGUGCAAGCGCUCUCUCACUGAAGGGAACAAAUCAUGUGAUUCAUACAUUAAGAGACAGUCCAUAUAUGCUGUGUCAGCAGAGGAUCUAUUUGAACUGGAAGGCCCUGUGAAAUACUAUGCUAACAGACCUAUUGUGACCUGGUGCAAGCUUGAAAAAAACAGCUGUUUAAAUCUUGGGGAUAGAUUUUAAGGUCAAGCGUUGGGCAGAAAAGAAAGUAUUUCAGUUCUUCUUCUGCAUUUUAAUCAAGUGCUUGUUGGUGACAACGGGUCAUACAAACGGACUCAAAAUAAUUCAGAGCACCCUCUUGUAAGGGAACAAUUGAAGCCUUCUGAUACAACAGGAAGUGAAAUUUACCUGCAAUCUUUUUUUCUCUUUAAGGUUGAUGUUCCGCAGCCUUUUAGGAGUGAGCAAAUUGAAGUCGCUACCAGGCAAAAUUCCCAAACACUGCCAUCAGAAACUGGAUAUGAUAAUAGGCCCUGGUUUAGGGUCCAGAGAGACCCUGAGCCAUGGGUUUAUUCUAACCCAUGUCUGGACAAAAAGGGCAUUGUUUAUGCUUCCUUGAGCCAUUCCAUCAUUGCAAUGAACCCAAGACAGGAAAGAAAUAUGUAAGAAGCACCUUUGGAGUAUGCAGUUCUGUGCUUGAAGAGUUAAAUCCAGUCCUGAUCUUCCACCAGUGAUCAAUGAAUCAUCUGCCAAUCAGCACCAUUAUCUGAGCCUAACGAAAUGUCACACACUAUUCCUUGACCUGAGAAGUUUCACUUCAAGGAGGGUCUGGUUAAUAAUUGGGUCUUUAGGGUCCAUAGGACAAAUGACUAAAAUUCCUCUCAAAAACUUCUUCAGGAGCUUUUUAUUUAUUUAUUUAUUUUUAAUUGCUAUACCUUCAGUAUAGGCAUCUGAAAGUUCCUGGGUCAGGGAUUGAGUUAGGCUACACCUGUGACCUACAGUACAGCUAUGACAACGCUGGAUCUUUAACCCACUAUGCCACAGGGAGAACUCCAUUUGGAAUAUUUUAUAUUAUAUCCUUGAACAACAAAAUCUUCUCUCCAAAACAAAAUGAUGUCAUGAAUAGCAGAAUUGUAAAACAUUUAGACUCAGCUACAUUUUUUUCUAAUACACAAACUCAGUAUUUUCUCUGCGGCUCUCAGACACAUAAGGAAGAGGGGUUUGGAUUAUCUGGUCAAUUAACUACAUACUUUUGAAAAAUAAUGUCCCAUUCAACUAAUGAACCAUAAAUACAGUAAUGGUAGUGUGUUUAUUUCCAAAUAAUCUUGAUAAUAAGAAAUUUGUCUUUAUCAAUAUAAUAUUGGAGCUUCUUAAAUGUAAGGGAGAAAUAAUUUUAUACUUGAUGAUAUAAAAAAAGAAUGGAAAGAAUAAAUCAUGCAAAAAGUAUGUGGAAUAUACCAACUGGAUAAAAGAUCAAUGUUCUCCAGGACUGACAAAAAAAUGCUUAUAUCUACUCUGUUAGACUGAUAAGCAAAUAGAGGUAGUAAGUAAUAGAGCAAUUAAGGUAUGGUACAUUUAUAAACAAAGUGGCAACAGUGUUUGGGCAACAUAGACUAACACAUGAAUGUGACAUAAUGCUCCUGCAGUAAUAUACCUGUAGGUAUCUGAAUAAAUGUAAAAAUCAAUGACAAUAGGUAUCAUCAAGCAAAUGCAGAUUAAUGGCUUAAACUGAUUCAUUGUUGACACGACAAAUUAAAAGCAUAAUGAAUGGAGGAAAUUCCAGAAUAUUUAGCUGGCCAGUAUGGGUCAACAUACCUUUCAUUCACUGUAUCUGUAGCUUGCUCUUCUUCUAGAGAGCAGGGAAAAAAAUAAUACAUAGUUUAGUAGUGCAGUUUGAUAAUUUAUUUUAAAAUAAUGAGAUUGCAGCCACUUUAAGAGUACAGCAAGAAGAGAUGCUUUCAUAUUUUCUGAAUUUCAAAAUGCAUGAAUCUAAUCAUUUCAAAAAUAGUCUAUAACAUUAUUCUACAGCUUGAGACUAUUAGGAUUCUCAGGGGCUUGUACUAAAUAAUUCAAUAUUCCUCAUAACAAAGUGGAUAGCAAAGCUUAGGAUCCAUUUGAGCAAAUAUGUGAGCUGCUGCACAAAUGAAUGUGAGGUAUGUAUAUGGGUGGGUCGGUGGGUGUGAGAGGGAGAGAGGGAGAGAAAGAUGAAAAGACAGAGAAAGAAAAAUAGUGUGCAGAAGGAAGGAUAGUUGACUUACAGAAAUGUUAAAAAGAGAAGCCGAAAAAACUGACAUUCCAUUUUAAUUUGCUAAAGAAACUCAAAAUAUUAGAGUAAAUAGGUCAUGAGAGGAAAUGUAUGAAAAUAAUGUAUUAAGUAAUGGGGAUGGGAGUAUGGUAGUCCAUAAAAGUUUUUGUUACAAAAAGACAAAACUGAGAUUUAGUGGCAGAGUUUUUCUUACUUAGCACGGGCAUUAAGAUUUUGACCCCACUGGGGAGUUCCUGUCGUGGCGCAGUUGUUAACGAAUCCGACUAGGAACCAUGAGGUUGCGGGUUCGAUCC